AUGUCCGGUGGAAUCGCACGUGGUCGACUCACAGAGGAGAGGAAAGCAUGGCGUAAGAACCAUCCCCACGCUUUUGUUGCCAAGCCGGAGAUAUCGUCCGAUGGAACAAGUAACUUGAUGGUUUGGCAGUGUACCAUCCCUGGCAAAUCUGGGACUGACUGGGAAGGUGGAUUUUAUCCGCUGACACUCAAUUUUUCGGAGGAUUACCCAAGCAAACCUCCAAAGUGCAAGUUUCCUCAAGGCUUCUUUCAUCCUAAUGUCUAUCCUUCUGGAACUGUUUGCCUCUCCAUUCUCAAUGAGGAUUAUGGAUGGAGACCAGCCAUCACUGUGAAGCAAAUAUUGGUUGGUAUUCAGGAUUUGCUUGAUGAACCAAACCCAAAUGACCCUGCCCAGACCGAAGGAUACCAGCUCUUUGUUCAGAAUAAGGAUGAAUACAAAAGAAAGGUGCGACUACAGGCGAAACAAUACCCACCAAUUAUUUGA